UAAGAUAAUCAAUUUAUUAUAUGGCAGGUUAUUUGUUUGAUGUUGAUUAAUAGUAAAACAAAAGAAUGAUGACAAGUAAUGAUUGUAUGGUGUAUUAGGAAAUCCUUGGAGAUUAGAAUCAUACAAGAAUCAAAUAGAAAUAUUAUGAAAAGGAAUAAGCUUGGUGCAGAAAAAUCAAGCAGCAAAACUCAGGGUCUUUAUUCAAACAAAAACGGUUUUAUAUUACAUAAUUAACGAUUUUUGUCUGAGAGGGUAUUGAAGGAAUGUGUGUGGUAGUUUGAAGUGUUAACUUUGAAAGACGCGGAAGGGCUGAAACAGGAAUCAAUUUCUCAUAAUUAGAUCGCGAUAAUUUUUCUGGAGUAUUCACACGGGAAACUUCUUAAAGAGGUCUAUCCUUUGAAUAAAUAUGUUAUUAAGUGGGCCAGUUUGAAAGAAACUUGGAUUUCCAGAAGCUUUAGUCAAGAAAAAUGUUUUGACGUUUUGGUUCGGUGCUUUGUUUUUUAUUCUCCUCUGUGUUUUGCGGCAUGUGGUAUUUUCUAUUAACUUGAAACAUAAAAUUGUCAAGCUAAAAUGAAAUCACUUGUGAUUGCGUGUUGGAUAAUUAUGACUACGGCCAAGGUGGACUCGAACUCUGAGACUAUACUAGAUGAUUACAUAGUCUGUAAGAAUCAUUAUGCUGGAAGUAGAAUACAGAAAACGACCUACACUAAAAGAAGGAUUUUAUGUGCCAUGUAUUGUAGUCGCUUUAAAUGGUGCCGAGCUGUUACUAUCUAUAAAGAAUCCCCAACCCGUCAUCAAUGUAAUCUACACGAUGGUAUCUAUGGUCUAGAAUGUAACAGUUUUCCUACGGUGGAGACAAUCCAAGUCCGCAUGUUAAUCAAGAAGGAUAAUGAAUCAAGUCCUCUAGAAAAUGGAUGUUAUAAUGGUGCCUCACGUGAUGGUUCUGGGUGUGUCUGUAGACUUGGAUUCGCUGGCGCCACAUGUGAAAGAUAUAUUUAUGAUUGCAAGGAAGGGAAGGACCUUGGUAUAUCGAAUUUGGGUAUUUUGGCAUUCAUGGUCAAACCAAUGAACUCGGAGUUUGCUUUCGAGAUUCUUUGUAAUUCUGUGUUUGGUAUGUCAAUCUUGGUGGCCAGACGAUUCAAUUUGAACACAAAUUUCGUCAGAACCAUGAACGAGUACAAAUAUUCCUUUGGUUAUGGUGAAGACUUCUGGUGCGGACUCGAAGGCAUGCACGCUCUACUAAAUCAACCUGGCACGGAAUUCAAACUUCAGAUUUACUGUUACCCGUAUUCUGAUACUGCGGAAUUUAGCGUCUUUUACCAUGACUUUAAAGUUGGUGGUGAAGCUAAACAAUAUGCUAGUAGGAAUACAGGGAUGUAUCCCGCUCCAGACAACAGCGAUGGUCUCGGCGCCGGAAAGGGUCCCAUGCCCUUCUGUGCCUAUGACGAGAGGGGAUCUUGUCCUGGUCAACCUCCAGGAACUGAUGGAGGCUGGUGGUAUACCCUAAAUAAUACAGCUUAUUCAUUAACUUCUAAAGAUCGUCCUAAAUGGCCAUAUGAUGGUAAUCUUGUCCAGUGCUCCUACAUAAGCAUGCAAGUCGAAAAAAUUGUUUAAAACUGAUCAAAUAUAUUUUACUUAUCUAAAUUUUAAAAAAUAAGGACUGAAUGUCGACAACAUAAAGCCUUGUACCAUUCUUAUUUUUUUUCAUUUAAUCAAACAAAACGUCAUAUUAUGAUAUGACCAAAUUCAAACUGUCCAACCCCUACCAACAUGAUCUAAAACCAAAAAUGUUUGGAUGAAAUCUUUGAAGUAGUUUAUGAGAAAGUCUCAAAUACCUAAAUGUGCCCAAUCAAGGUACCGUGCCCUGACAUACCCCAACUCCACAGGUUCAUGCAACUGUGGUUCUAUAAAUUUGAAUAAGCAUAAAUGCGUCCGGUUGAGUUGAAUAUGCAUGGAGGAGUCAUACGCCUGCCAUUAUCUAAAGUUGUGUUUUCACUGUCGAAUUUUUGCCAGAAAGACAUCGGAUUUUGAUGUUCUCCAAUUUGCCAACUAAGAAUUAAUGGUUUACACGUGGAAGUUGAAGUCAGUUUGUAAGAUUGGAUGAUUUUCAGAAGUAUAGCCUGUUCUUUUUGGCUCGAAGUAAUGUAAUAGUUAGUAUUUUAUUGUAAAUUUUAAAUCUUAUAAUCCCUCUUGUUGUUUUAAAGAUUAUUCUAAACGCUACCUUAAUUAGAUGAAUUCUGGUAUAAGCUGUAUUAGAGUAUUAGCAAGUAUUGUGAGGGCUGCGUCUUAAGUUACAAACAAUAAACUUUAAUUAGUGUUUAACUAAAUUGGUUGCUAUAAACUAGUUGCUAGGAAUGCAUAAUGUAGCUAUAAAAGGAAGACAUCUAGUAGAGUCCUCAUAAACUUGCUAUACAUCUAAUACAGUGUUUGUUUCAUUUUAAGACUUAUAACCAGAGAACUUUAGCUUUUACAGUAACAUCGUGAGAUAAAUUUGAUUGUGCUCUGACCGGUUGUGGCGAGAUAAAAGUUCCGAUGCGUUACAUAAAGCUUGCAAAGCACUAUAAGUGCUAUAAACAUCUGGUCUCUUCAUAAAACUUUAUUUGUAAAUGAGCUAAAUGCUCUGAAUGUUUCUUAUUCACUCGGUGUUAUACCAGUUAAAAUUACCGGGAAUUAAGGAAAGUCAUUUUCUAUCGACCCUCCUAACAACUUUUCAGAAGAAUAUUAAAUGUGUCUGUCAAUUUGAUUUAUUCUGGAAUUGUUAAUUCUUGCUUAUGUAACCAUUCCUCACUACAUAGCCUGCAUUCUAAUAAAUUGUAUCAAUUAAAUUUAAUAAAUGAAUUGGAAAUAAAACGGUCAUCAUAAC